UGAACGAUUGAAUUAAUCAAUAUCCACAGUUCCACACCAAACAGCAUGUCUCCACGUUCCACAUGUCCACCUCCAUCCUCAAUAAAAGUAGCCGUUAGAGACCACGUUCCUAAUUUGCCGACACGGGAGUUCACCAGCCUCAGUAUGAAAACAUCAUUUCAAGGCAAAUAAAAUAAUUCCAAACGAUCGUGCUUUCAAAAGCGCGAGCCUUCAACUGUUGCCUUGAAUUCAAUAUGUCUCUUUUCAAAACGUCUCUAUUUGCUUGAAUCAUAUGAUUCCAAUCCCACGCUUCGAAAUUCGUUCUUAGAUGAGUACGCCCAUCUGUGCGGAGAAUUAUUUACGGUUUUUUUUAUACUAAAUGCCAAAUCGUAACAUCUACAGUUCCUCUUUACUUCAUCAUCCGAAAUCCCUUUAAGAGAGAGAGAGAGAGGGAGGGGCCCGUCUCAUCUCAUCCCAACCACCACUCUAUUGCGAAUUCCCCUGCGAAAGGAGAUCCCCUUCCUUUGUGUUAUCUUCUGUAAAGGGUGUAUUUUCAGUGAGAAUCUCACUGUUCAAUUUGCCUAGAACGGGCAUUCUGGUAUCUUCUUUCUUUGAUUGAACUGGAAGCAAGCGGAAACUUAGUAUCUCUCUCCUGCUCAUCUUCAGAUCUGCUGCAUGGCUUCUCUCUGAGGUUAUUUACCAGUUCUAAUCAAACUCGGGUGUUGUUUAUCUUUCUUCAUUGGAGCCUUGAGCGUUAACUCAAGAGCAAUUACAUAUCUUUUAUUUCUAAAAACCACAAAUGGCUACACUUGGGGACAUAGGACUUGCAGCAGCCAUCAAUAUUCUCAGUGCAGUUGCAUUUUUACUAGCAUUUGCCAUACUACGACUGCAACCAUUCAAUGAUAGGGUGUAUUUUCCCAAAUGGUAUCUCAAGGGUUUGAGAAGUAGUCCGUCACAUGUUGGUGCAUUUGUACACAAAUUUGUCAAUUUGGACUUUAGAUCAUAUUUGAGGUUUUUGAAUUGGAUGCCAGCUGCAUUGCAAAUGCCAGAACCUGAGCUUAUUGAUCAUGCAGGACUUGAUUCUGCUGUUUACUUGCGAAUUUACUUGAUUGGACUCAAGAUCUUCGUUCCCAUCACAUUCCUUGCUUUUACAAUUUUGGUUCCGGUUAAUUGGACCAACAGAACCCUGGAGCUAGAGCUAUCAAAAUCAAAUGUAACUUUCAGUGACAUAGAUAAGCUUUCUAUUUCAAAUAUCCCUGAAGGAUCAGAAAGGUUUUGGACUCAUUUGGUAAUGGCAUAUGCCUUCACCUUCUGGACAUGCUACAUGUUACUAAAAGAGUAUGAGAUAGUUGCAUCAAUGAGGUUGCAUUUUCUUGCUUCAGAAAACCGCCGCCCAGAUCAGUUUACGGUCCUUGUAAGAAACGUGCCCCCAGAUCCUGAUGAAUCAGUUAGUGAACUUGUUGAACAUUUUUUUCUGGUUAACCACCCAGAUCACUUCCUCACUCAUCAGGUUGUGUACAAUGCAAACAAACUUGCUAAAAUGAUUGAGGAGAAGAAAAAGUUACAGAACUGGCUUGACUAUAAUCAACUUAAACAUACUAGAAACCCAUCAAAGAAACCAACAAUGAAGACUGGCUUUCUAGGUCUUUGGGGAGAGAGGGUGGAUGCAAUUGAUUAUUACACAUCUAAGAUUGAUGAACUAUCAAAAGAAAUUGAAGCAGAACGAGAAAGUGUUAGAAGCAACCCUAAAUCUAUCAUGCCAGCAGCAUUUGUUUCCUUCAAAACUCGGUGGGGUGCUGCUGUUUGUGCGCAAACUCAGCAGUCACGAAAUCCUACUUUAUGGUUGACUGAGUGGGCUCCAGAGCCCCGUGAUGUAUAUUGGAAAAAUCUGGCAAUUCCAUUUGUUUCACUUACAGUUAGGAGGCUUAUUGUAGCUGUUGCAUUCUUCUUCCUUACCUUCUUUUUUAUGAUUCCAAUAGCCUUCGUGCAGUCCCUAGCAAACAUUGAAGGUAUUGAGAAAUCUGCACCGUUCCUGAAAUCCAUAAUUGAAGUGAAAUUUAUCAAGUCAUUUAUCCAAGGGUUUCUACCUGGGAUUGCUCUAAAGAUAUUCCUUAUUUUUCUGCCAACAAUAUUGAUGAUAAUGUCUAAAUUUGAAGGCUUUACCUCCUUGUCAUCUCUGGAGAGAAGAUCUGCAUCUAGAUAUUAUCUGUUCCAACUCGUUAAUGUGUUUCUUGGAAGCAUAAUCACUGGAACUGCAUUUGAACAACUAAAUUCUUUUAUCCACCAGUCAGCAAAUGAAGUUCCAAAAACAAUUGGUGUAGCAAUUCCUAUGAAAGCAACUUUCUUCAUAACUUAUAUAAUGGUUGAUGGAUGGGCGGGUAUUGCCGGGGAAAUUUUGAGGGUGAAACCAUUAAUAAUUUACCACUUGAAGAAUUUCUUCUUGGUGAAGACCGAAAAGGAUAGGGAAGAGGCAAUGGAUCCAGGAAGUCUUGGUUUCAACACAGGCGAACCUCAAAUUCAACUUUAUUUCUUACUUGGCCUUGUUUAUGCUGUGGUCACACCCAUUCUACUCCCUUUUAUAGUAGUGUUCUUUGGCUUGGCAUAUCUUGUAUUCCGUCACCAGAUUAUAAAUGUUUACAAUCAAGAAUAUGAGAGUGCAGCAGCAUUCUGGCCUGAUGUUCAUGGUCGUAUCAUAACUGCAUUGAUUAUUUCACAACUGCUUCUGAUGGGAUUGUUAAGUACAAAACGUGCUGCACAGUCCACACCCUUGCUCAUUGCACUUCCAGUGCUAACAAUAUGGUUCCAUAGAUUUUGCAAAAGCCGUUAUGAACCUGCAUUUAUCAGAUACCCAUUACAGGAAGCAAUGAUGAAAGAUACACUGGAGCGUGCAAGGGAGCCAAAUCUGAAUCUGAAAGGUUAUCUCCAAAAUGCUUAUGUUCACCCAGUCUUCAAAGGGGAGGAUGAGGAUAGCGAUGCAUUUACAGAAGAGUUGCAAAAGGAGAGCGUGCUUGUCCCCACGAAACGCCAGUCACGAAGGAACACACCAUUGCCCAGCAAAUACAGUGGUUCAUCAUCACCUUCCUUGCAUGAGGUUGUUCAGGAGCAGCCUUAAUGAUUAUACGGACUUGAACUCAGUUGUACAUUAGCAUUGUAAAUGACGUGAGAAAGUGUGCUAUAGAGAAAAAGCAACUUUUGAUUAUGAAAGUCCAACCAACUGGAGAAACAUUCCGUGGCAGAUGUUAACUUGUGUGUGAAUCAGAGGUGGUGGUGCCUAAAGACAGAACUGUGUUUGUGUAAUUUUGUGUACAAAUAGCUAGUUUGUUGUUUUUAGAGGAACCUUCCGAGCAUUACAUUGUCUACAUUGACAAACGAAUCUCUUUUACUGUACUUUUUUGAGCAAGAAAGAACUAUGACAACCACUUCUGAAAUAUUUGUUAGGUUUCAAGUGUCAAGAGAUUCGAUGGGUUCCAACCUCCAA